AUGCAGUCAACGGAGCCGAGGCGCCGGUCGGAUGGCCCCAGAGGUACCGGCGACCGAGGCGACAACGGAGAAGUUGGCUGUACAGUGUCCUCGUCGAAGGGGGCCCGAUGCUUGGGCCGAUUGCCAUUGCACCGCCUCGUCAGGCUUGCACAAAUCUGGCUGGCCGUGAUGCUGGGCGGCUAUUUCCAGCCGAGUCUGGGUAAGUCGACUUGCCAACUGUACGGCCAACCGCGGGUCAAGCGGGCAAAAGGCUUGAAAAGUCACGGUUUGAUGAGUCUAUGA